UUAGAUGACGAUGGAUGGCAGGUCUAUGAUCCUGCACUGUUUGAAGAAAGUUCAAACAAGCAUGCCAUCCCUGCUGUAGAAUCAAGCGACAUCGGGACUAUUUCCUCCGCAGUUUUUGAAGAAUUACCACCGAAUAUCAAAGCGGAGCUGGAUCAUUUCCAUAAACUAGAACAAGCGCGAAGGUUAAAAGCUGCUGCUGAGAGCGAAAAGAAGCCGAAUGGAAAGAAGCGCGCGUCUAAGGCAAACGCAAAGGGACCUGCAUCCAAGAAAAAGUUGGAGGAUUUCUUCAACAAAUAG